AUGUUGACCCGGCUGAACACAAAAUCAGAGAGGAAGCUUGCAAAACAAAUUUGCAAAGUUGUAUUGGAUCAUUUUGAAAAACAGUAUUCCAAAGAACUUGGAGAUGCCUGGAAUACAAUAAGGGAUAUACUAAUAACACCAUCAUGCUGGCAAUAUGCUGUCCUUCUUAACCGAUUCAAUUAUUCUUUUGAACUGGAAAAAGAUUUACGUUUAAAGGGCUAUCACACACUCUUUCAAGGAUCUUUACCCUGCAAUCCCAAAUCAAUGAAGUGUUACCUUAGUAAAACUCCAGACAGAAUGCCUUCAGAAAGACACCAAAUUGGAAAUCUAAAAAAAUACUAUCUCCUGAAUGCCGCCUCUCUUCUCCCAGUAUUGGCUCUGGAGUUAAGAGAUGGGGAGAAGGUUCUGGAUCUGUGUGCAGCUCCUGGAGGCAAAUCAAUAGCUCUGCUGCAGUGCGCUUAUCCAGGUUAUCUUCACUGUAAUGAACAUGAUAGUCUGAGAUUGAGGUGGCUGAGACAGACGUUAGAAUCAUUCAUCCCGCAGCCUUUGGUAAAUGUAAUUAAAGUGUCUGAAUUGGAUGGCAGAGAAAUGGGAGAUGCCCAGCCUGAAAUGUUUGACAAGGUGUUAGUUGAUGCUCCGUGUUCAAAUGAUCGAAAUUGGUUGUUCUCUUCUGAUUCUCAGAAGGCAGCCUGGAGGAUAAGCCAAAGGAGCAAUUUGCCUGUUCUGCAGAUAGAACUCUUGAGGUCUGCAAUUAAGGCCUUACGUCCUGGAGGGUUACUUGUGUACUCUACAUGCACACUUUCCAAGGCAGAAAAUCAAGAUGUCAUCAGUGAAAUUUUAAACUCCUACAGUAACAUCAUGCCCGUGGACAUUAAGGAAAUGGCAAGGACUUGCUCCCAAGACUUCACAUUUGCUCCCACUGGCCAGGAAUGUGGACUCUUGGUGAUACCAGAUAAGGGCAAAGCCUGGGGCCCAAUGUAUGUGGCCAAAUUGAAAAAAUCAUGGACUACGUGA